GUUCACAUCUACCACCAAAUAUCUCAAUCGACCAUCCCAUGAAGACGUAGCCUAUAUAAGGAGCGCGCACAUCUCACUACAGUCUCAAGCGAUCUGGAGAGCGAAUUUACUUUCUGUUUUACGAGCAUCAGUGAGUUUACAGCCUGCGAUGCUUGUGUUUAUACGAUUAUUGAUUUGUUAAUAAUGCGUACGGAUUUGAGCACAUUUAAAGGCUUGAUUUGAUUUAUUUAUGGUCGGUUGUUAGAAGAAGGUAGAAGGUGUGUUAUAUUGCGGAGGCGCAAUUUGAGCUCUUUCAUCUGUUUGGGUUUGUGAUCGAGCAGGAGGGAGGAGUGGCGAAGAAACGGCUGGCUCCUGAAUUCUGAAUCCUGCCUAAAAUCCACAAAGAUGAUAUAUCUGCCAGUGUUAUCCAUGACCUCAGAUUUACAGCAUUACAGUUUCAGGAUGCCGAAUAUAGGGUUCCAGAACCUUCCCCUCAAUAUCUACAUUGUGGUCUUUGGAACGGCCAUUUUCGUCUUCAUCCUCAGCCUACUCUUCUGCUGUUACCUGAUUCGGUUACGGCACCAGGCACACAAAGAGCUCUAUGCAUACAAGCAGGUUAUUCAGAAGGAAAAGGUCAAAGAAUUAAACUUGCAUGAGAUUUGUGCGGUGUGUUUGGAGGAAUUCAAGCAGAAAGAUGAAUUGGGAAUCUGCCCGUGUAAACAUGCCUUUCACAGAAAGUGCCUUAUUAAAUGGUUGGAGGUGAGGAAGGUUUGCCCGCUGUGCAACAUGCCCGUCUUGCAGCUGGCGCAGCAGCAGAGCAUGUCCGAAUCUGUGCCCCCAACGCAGCAGCCUCUGCCCGGAGUGGAGAACCUGGUGUAGCCCCUCCUGUUUCUCCUAAAAAUCUGACCACCACUACCUUCACACUCCCUCCUGUACAGGUACACGCUCAUAUCCAAGGACAGAGCGCAGGAUUUGUGCCCGGAGCCACGGUGACAUGUGACCUGCAUAUGUUCAUGUUCUGCCUUGGUGGCUUUACAAAGGAUUUGUUUUUGUUUUUCAAAUUACAAUAAUAGAUGAUUUACUCAAUCUAUCUUAUUUGGGUUUAGCUUUUUUUUUCCUGUGGGAUAAUUGACUUUACUUGGCCAAGCCAUGAUUAAAGUAACUGUUCCACACCAAAGCACUUUUUUGAGGACACCAGUGAGAGGCAAAUAAAAAAUAACUAAAAAAAUAACAUUAAAAACAGAAACUACUUUUUUAACUAAAGUUUUUUUUUUAACAAGCACUUUACACAAAAGUCAAACCUAGUUGCUUGUGAUAGUAGCAAGAUCUUGUUUUAUAUUUUAUGAUUUUAAACUUUUUUAGAGCCACAGAGCAAACCAUUGGUUUUAUUUUCAUUAGAGAGGGUUACGUUUUUACUGUAUAUUAAAGGGAUAGCAGCUCUCCAGUGUGUAUAUGUUUGUUUGUGUGAGUGUUUAUGUAUUGACGAUCAGUAGAAUGGCUGUAUCAAUAGAUACGGUUCGCAGCGACUUUUAGCUGAUGGCCAAAACAAAUGUGAAUGCAGAGUUUGUCUUAUUAAGGCCAGGAUGUGACCCAGCAGUAUUUGAUCUGUGGACGUCUUUAUAUUUGAAAUGCUUUUUAACUGAGGGCUGUGUUAAAUACACACACACACACACACA